AAUUUAAUAGUAGAGGUUGCUACCCAACCGUGACCGACGAUAAGUCUAUUCCUAAUCCCAUCCUUAUUUUUUUCUACCCCAUUCUUUUUACUAUGUGUUAUGUUGUGUUUUUAGAAUUAGUCACUUUCGAACAUUUUUUUUCGAUUGAGGAUUCCAAACCGUUUUAAUCGUUCAACACCUGAUGACAGGGAUGGCCAGGAAUCGUACAGACGUGCUAUUACUUUUUCUGAAAGGUUUCAUGAUUGAAUGAAUUUAAUUGUGACGUUAUUCUUCGAACAAAAUAAUCUGACGACUAUUGUCAUCAAUUUGAUUAGAACAGAAACUACGACAUUAGUCAAGCACGUGUCGAAUUAAUUUGUGAUUGGUUGGCUGAAAGAGUCAGUAUUGUACGAAACAAAAAUUUUAUUUCAAAUUUGGAACGUGCAAAAGAAGCUGGACGUGUCUUUCUGUUAGACGUUAAAAGUGGUAGUGUCAAACUGUAUCCCAAAAAGAAACAUGAAUCUUAUACAUCAACUACACCAACAGCUGCUCGUGGAACAAAAGGUCCAUUAGAUGGUAGAAGAUCAAAGGCAGAAAAAGAUGAGGAACAACAAGAUAAUGGUACAGCGGCAACCGAAAAACAAAAGACAAAACCACCAAAUCAAUGUUCAUCACCAGAUGUUACACGUAAAGUAGCCGAAGAAAGAAAAAGGCAGCAGCAGCAAGUCAAAACAAUUAAUUAA